CGUGAAUGUACUAUAGCAUAUCUUGGCCGUCUCUUUGCGCCCAAUUCCAUCAUUACUCCUUCUCUGUUGAACAUUGUUGUUUUUCACUCGCAGUCGACGCAUCUAUCUUGCGGGUUUGAAUACUCCGAAUGCGGAGGCAGCCACAUGUAA